AUCAGUAAUUUACACACAGCUGCUGCAGGGAUCAUUCAACAUCAUCGUUGUUCCAACGCUUUCAUUCAUGUGAAGUCAGACGUGUUUUUUUGGUGCCUCUAGGAGGAGAAAUGCGACGCCGCGUCCAGCCGCUUGGCUCUCUGGUGCGUAAUUGAUUCGGACGUCCUGUACACCAGCCAGGCUGUGCCCCCCCACCAGGAAGCUUCACUUUAAAGAAUAUAAAUAUAUAUAAUAAUAAUAAUAAUAAUGGAGGACAAACGCAAGAAGCGGAGCCCAAAGGUGUCUCUCCCCCAGCCCCCUCCUCCACCCAUCAACCCCCGCAAGCUCUCCGUCCUGCCAGCCAGCAAAAGUGCCACCUUCUCCCUCGGCCUGCCGCAGCCUCCCUCCCCCAAGAACAGAGGCAAGUAUAAAAGGUCCAUCGGAGCGCCGGGGCAGCCCAAAGAGGUGUUCACGGCCGUCGUACCCCCGCCAAAGAUCACCAGACCCCACAAGGAGAAGCCCAGGGCCCCCCAGCCAGCAGGGCCCAGCAAAGUGGUCCAAUCCUCCCCCCUGCAGCACUCCUUCCUUACAGAUGUCUCAGACGUGAGAGAGAUGGAAGGAGGCCUCCUCAACCUCCUCAAUGACUUCCACUCAGGCAAACUACAGGCUUUCGGUAAGGUGUGCUCCUUCGAGCAGCUGGAACAUGUGCGUGAGAUGCAGGAGAAGCUGGCGCGACUGCACUUCAGCCUCGACAGCCACGUGGAGGAGCUUUCUGAGGACCAGAGGAAGUGCGCCUCCGACCACAACCUGGAACACCUGCUCUGUAACCUGGAGGAGCUCAGCACUUCAAUACAAAAGCUCCACUUGGCCGAGAACCAGGACCUGCCCAAGACAUCUGGUCCCUGACGGAGCGAGGCGCUCGGGACACACUCAUCUUCUUCCCAACAUCCAACAAGUCCGGGGGUUGCCAUGGCAUUGAUCCAGCUGCCUUAGUAACAGAAUGGAAAGAUCCACGGGAGGAGGAGGGGCUGUUUUUUUUUUUUUUUUUUUUUUCCAUUUGGUCAGUGAAGCUGAAGGAACAAUACAGUGACUGAAAGCAGCAGAGCAUUAAAUGAACCAAAAUCAGAACCCCCUCAUUCAUAGCACAAAGCGAUGGGAAUGUGAGAGGAACGUGUUGUUUUUAUGUUAGUCUGAAACAGUUUCUCGACUUAACUUGGCUUCGGUUAUUGGGUCUGUCGACAAAUAACUGAACCCAGGUGAGUGUAAUCAUUGGCUCUCUGUGUUUUCGUGACAAAAAGCACAUUUCAUGAGUUUGAGAAGUUACUUUAAGUUCGUGUUCUGCCUGGUCGACACCAUUUCUCGUAAGCCAAGGGAUGAAAUUUGCACCAAGUAGCAAGCGUAUUUGGCCCCUUUGACAACACCACUGUGGUUAGCUCAGAAGUUUUAAGGGAGUUUUGCUAUUAUUCUGAACGCACUCCCUCGUUUUUAUACCUUUGCUAAAAGUUUGUAACUGGAAAACCGACUGGAUUUACUAAAAGCUGGGUGUUCCUUUCCUACAACUGUGCUUUUUUUUUGAAGGGACUAUGUGAGGAGACUUAAAAAAAAAUUGAUUAUCCUACAUGUAAGCUACAGGUUUUGGUGCAGUUCAGCUACUGUAUUUGUUGACAGGAUUGCCUUUGAGGAUUUUUUGAUCGAGGGCCUAGUAGCAGCAACCCUCCAAGCACAAGCUCGUCCACCCUGCUGCUGACAUGCUGUAAAAAGUCUCAUGUAGGUCACACAGGGAGUCCAGGACGUCUCUGUACAGUGCUAUUUCCAAAUGGCAGCUACUUUCAUAGUUAAAGGUUUUACGGAUUAUGGUUUAUUUAGUUCCAAACCUGGCAGCAGUGUGCGAACUACAGGGGGGUCAAGGGGGGACUUGGCUCCUCUUAAUAACACAUGAGCUCCCCUGAACAGAUUUUUUUGUGAAACGUUGGAGGGUCUCUACAAUGAAUGCUGAGCGUUUCUAUUUUUUAUCAUCAUGGAUCAGACAUAAAAUCAGGUUAUUAGUGUGUGAUUGAUGCAUGCGUAUUAAUUCACUUUAAUAAAGAUACCAGCAUGCACCGUCAAAGCAUGGCAGCGCAUUAUCAGAAACUUAACUCACUUUAAUCCACAGAUCAGGAAAAAAAAAACAACUGCCAUAAAACAAACCUAACCCUCUGUGGUGCUGAUAGCCAGCAGCAGCAGCUACUUCUGAUCGGUCGAAAAAGUUUUUAAAAAAACAAGUGAGCUCCCUCAAAAGCCAUGGUGUAGUUUGCACGCUGCCUGCCAGUGUACCUUGGCCAUCAUUCUAAAUCCCUGUCAAGCCAACUACAGCGAUAUGAGUGCUCAGUAUGAAACAUCAAAGCAUUUUCAAAGCGUUGGUGCGUCUUUUUUUACUGCUUGCUAAGCCUACCUCUUUUUCAAAGCCUUGGAAUAUGUAAAACAUUUGUCAGUCUGGUUACUUAAAGCCUUCACAGUCAGCUGUUUUCUAUGAUUUUGACAUAUGAAGAGGGGUCAUCAAGAGCAGGCUGGUCACCGUUAGCUCGUCAUAUGUCAUAUGAAGUAGGUACAUUUAAAUUAAAAAAAAAGAAAAGAAUCUCAUGUAUUCAGUAAAUGCGCCCAUUAAUAAAGUUAUGUAACCAAAAAAA